AUGGCGAGAAUAGCUUGUCAUCAAUGGCGGCCUGCUCUAUCUGGUUUACAAAUGCCAUUCAAGUCUUCCUUUCUCUCUACUGACCCAUCUCUCACUCGUUGUAUUACCACCAACCAUGUAAUCCUUAGCAAACGAAGCUUAUCUUCUUCACCACUCAAAGUUUCCAUGAGUCUGAAAGCUGGUAUUGUUGGUCUCCCUAAUGUUGGGAAAUCCACUCUUUUCAAUGCUGUUGUUGAAAAUGGGAAGGCGCAAGCUGCUAAUUUUCCUUUUUGCACAAUAGAACCAAAUGUUGGGACUGUGGCUGUUCCAGAUCCAAGGUUGCAGGUGCUUUCUGAUUUGAGUAAAUCUCAGAAAAUGGUCCCUGCAUCUGUAGAAUUUGUGGAUAUUGCUGGGCUUGUUAAGGGGGCCAGCCAGGGAGAGGGAUUAGGGAAUAAAUUCUUAUCUCAUAUUCGUGAAGUCGACUCCAUACUUCAGGUUGUACGAUGUUUUGAGGAUAAUGAUAUUAUUCACGUAAAUGGACGAGUUGAACCAAAGUCUGACAUUGAUGUCAUCAAUCUAGAGUUAAUCUUCUCAGAUUUGGAUCAGUUGGACAUUGUUUGGGAAAAUCAUUCUUAUGAUGGCAUAUACAGAUAUACCAUAAAUAGUAGUGGGCCUAGGACUUUGUAG